AUGCCCACCCUACGCCACAAGAAGUCGAAGGCUGCUGUCCAUACAACAGCGCUCAAUACGGAUGACGAUGAGACUCCGAGUCCUUCGAGCGACAAUGCGAACCCACUGGACACCAGCAAUGAGCCGAGGCCGAACAAGAAGCGUGCACUUCAAGACUUCUUCCGCCACACCUACCAGACAGCCAGGUUACCGCACCGCGAACGCAAAGCCCGCCCACAUGGCCGCAAAGCCCGCGUUGCGAAGCCCGAACUCUCGCCCAAGCGUAACUCCCGGCAUGUGCAGUCUUUCGACAUUAGCGAUGAUGUACUGGAUCGCCUUAUGAGGUCGACGGGUGACGAUGGCACGAAGAUACAAAGUCCGAACUUUCUAAUCAAGCAGAAAUUGAAGGUGACUUCGAGAGCGCCAGCUUUAGAUCCGGAUUUAUCAUCGCCUUCUGAUGGGAGCGAGGUGGAAACCGAUCACAAGCCUUUGAGCUCACAGGAGGUCGAUCUUCAGCCUCUGAGCCAGGACGCGGUAGAUCCCAAGUCUAUGAGCUGCAAUGCGGUCGAUCACACGCCUUUCAGUCGCGAAAAUGUCGACCUCAACUCUUCGACUCAGGAGGAGGUCGAGUCGAUGUUCGUCGGAGCACCGCACAUCGCCGUCGAAGAGGUCGAACGCGGCCGUGUCUGGAGACCGCAGGUCAUCUUCCGAGGCGGCAACGCGGAAGAGAGCAAGAAGUAUGCGCACGACUAUGUGGACCUGGGACACCCGAGCUUCGCAGCUUGUACGCUUGGACUGCACAGGACAAGGGAGACGGGUGCCGAGGCGCUCAUAUCUCGUCAUGACACGGCGAAUCAGCGGCCUGGAGGCUCCAUGUUGGAGGUUCCCAACAUGCUCAGCGCCAACGGCUUGGAUCUCGGCACGACCGGCUUCGAGCAUUUCCUGCAGCUGCCCAUCGCAGAUAGCGCGAAGUACCCGGACGAGCCUGUCUUGUUUGAAAAGCGGAAGCUGCUGUCCACCGAGCCGGAGGAGCUUGGGCUGCGAGAGCAGGAUAUAGAGACUGUUGUCGACCGUCUGACAGAGCUUGGUCAUAUAUACAGUGUACAUCGGAGUCAAUCUGCUGCGGAGAGAGUUCGAACAUGGACCGAAGAGAAGGUGGCAGACAUGGGCGAGGAACUCUUCGCCAAGCGCCUCGAUCCUGAACUUGGCACGACAGGAGCCGGUACAGGUAGCGUGACGCUCAAGACCCAGAUCUCGGCCCUACAGCGCGUCCUCGGCGAAACCGAGCUCUGGCAUGACUUCAGCCAGGUCGAGUGGCGCAUCCGUGUGGGCCAGCUGCUGUGGAAGAGCGGGGAGGAUGAAGCGGCAUUGCUUGAUGGACAACCACAGCAGCAGCUGUCUGAACGCGACAUACUGCUCUUGCAGAUCACGCUGGCGGCGGAGCUGAUGAUUCGCUUGGAAGCUCUGAACAGCGCCGGGUGGAUGGUGUUUGAGGACGAACGAGCCGGCAUCUACGCUGCACACAGCAGGAAGCUCCAAUGGGACGUACUGCUUGCGCAGACAUUCUUGGAGAACAUGACAAUUGGUGGUACCGGGUCAGCUAACGCCGCCCAUACACCCGUCAUAUUACCAAAAAGGGCAGAUGAGCAAUUGGACGGCCUAUUGCAUUUCGCUCGGGUGCUCCAAUGGCCGCACUCGGAGGAUGUACGACUGGAGCUCGCAGCGAAGCUGGGUGAGAGCUCAUCACAAACUCCCCAGACUGUUGCACGAAGAACAAACGCCACCGUACGGCCUGUGAGCGGCUUCAGCAUCUAUGCGACACCGCUCAGUAGUCCCAUGCAUCCAGCCUUCACGCCGAGUGCGAACAGGACCAGCUAUUUUGGCGGCUUGCUCGAUCAUACGCGUAGACCAGGGCCCAGCCGCAUGACGACGGCAAGUAGCAUGCAACUGCUGACUGCUACUGCUGCUGUCACUUUCGACGAAGAUCGUACUGGUUUCGAAGUCGGCGGCUGGCUCUCUCGCUCUUGGCUGUCAGGCUUAGUGCUGCCUGGAGAGCCUGCCGGCCACUUCUUGAUCAGCACAUUGCUCGAGAACAGUCCAGAGGCUAUUGAGGCCCUCGGUGACUCCGCGAACCUGUACGGUGGCUUUGUCUACCAAGGGCGCAGUUACUGGAGCAAGGGCUGCGUGGCGGGCAGAGUACUUGCUGCCUCGAAGGGCGCUGUUGAGUGCAUGGGAUGGGUUUCCGUACCGCUGACCUUCCGCAACGCAGAGGUGUUGGCAGAUGGCUGGGUGAAUCUGGACGUCAAGGAUGUACCUACGGCAGACGCGGAGACAGUCAGGAUCAAGGAUACCGAAGCCAUCUCAAGAGCUUCCGACCCAUUCCACGGCACGCCAGUCUCCUCGCUACAAGCGCAUGACUUCACCAUUCCAACCGACAGCCCUUCAGUGAUAGGCAGCGAAGUCACAUACGAAGGCAUCACCUUCAUACACUCGCAGACGAGCUUUGAGCUGGUCCGCUCCGAAGCAGACGCACUGGAAGCGGCGAGCACAUCCGUCGCCCAUCUGACGUUCAUCCUAGUAGCCAAUAAAGCAGCAACGACUCCAUUGGAGAUACCAUUGACGUACGACAUACAAUUCGUCGCAUCAUACCCUUGCCACCCUCCGAAGACGGCAGCGUGGAAAGUGCCGCGGACACCAAAUGCAAGUGACAGUGUCCGGACAACUCCAAAUGCAAGCGACAGUGUCCACACUAGCCUAAGACGCCACUCACGGGCGACCUCGUCGAUCUCAUCGGCCGGUGCGCAAACACUUAUGGAGUUUGGCGGCACUACAACAGCUAGGCCCGUCGACUCACCUCGCUCUCCCAUGUCAUCGCGCACGGAGAAGGAGUUACCCGCUCCGCCCGCGCAUCCUUUACACGUAGACUACCACUUCAGCAUCGUACCGGCAACGAGUCUGUUGGUUUCACAACCGGGCACGCUGCCGCGAGUUCUAGCGGGCAACCGCGAGCUGGCAAGCGCGAACGCAGACGCAAACGAAGUGGUGGUGCUGGACUGCCGUGGCUUGCAUGACCUGGAGUUGCUGGGCCGGUCCUGGUGCUCGAAAGUCGGCGAGAAUGCGUUAAUCGGGAAGAGCGGGCGGACGUGUUUGGCGUGCUGUAUUAGAGAGGCGAAGGCGUUGGAUAUUAAGGUCGUGAUCCGGACGUAG